GAACCAUUUGAUCAAGGUCACGGAUUUGCAAACACAAAAAGUUGUUAUGGGUUUCAUCGUUCAUUAUGAGGUUCUAAACUUGAUUUUGUAUAGAGUUAUGUAAUAAAAGCGAAGAAACCCAUCCAAACAUCUUUUGGUGUAUAAUAAUCUCAGAUUGAAUGCAUUCGCUUAUCAACUACUGGAUUAAUGUAUUUACGUUUCUGUUUUUAUAUCUUGGUCCAAUAUAUUACGAUCUAUCCGGGUCGCUCUGAGGAGAUAGGUAUGAUGUGGUACUUAUAAAUAAUAAAUACCUUAAGUUUGUACGCGUGCAGAUGUGCGACACCCGUCAAGUUUAACAAGACUUUUGCGUUGCUCUGUUAUAGAAGGUGAUUUGUUUGUUGUUUUCACGCGAAUACCAAGGGAUGCAAGUUUGCCCCUUCUGAGGGAAAUAACUGGAAGUCUGCUUGUGUAUGAUGUUGAAGGACCAGAUGACCUUUCCAAUUUAUUACCAAACCUUACUUUGAUCAGAGGACAAACUCUGGUGUUUGGCUAUGCCGUUGUCAUUAAAAGUACAUCACUCAAGGUAUUUCAACUUUUGUCUUCCACUUCGUUCUGUCAAAACUCAGGAAAUCUUACUGUUUUUAUGUUACUUCCCUAUGGUGUAUUCCGUAACUUAAAUGGCAUAAUUAUAGGGCUUGCUUUAUCGUUCUGGACAGCACCACCAGCACCUACUUCACUUCUGCAUUUAGUUCAUACAACAUAACACCAGUAAGAGCAUCCACAUAAGCUGAGGAUCUCCGUCAUCUUAAAACUAUUUCAAUAUUUCUCGUCUAUUCCAAAAAUCCAAUUUUGACGUUUCCUUUUGGAAGGGCAACACUAUUUUCUGGUUGAUUUAGUACGUACAUAUAAGCAUUUUUAGCCUAGUUUUUUUGUACUCCUGCCCUUGUUAAACAUCUCGUGCCUAUAGCUUGCCUCAUUUCAAGCGUAAUAUAUUCUCUAUUUUGGUUGAAUGCAGGUGUUUGAUACUACCCGUUUACCCGAAUCGGAUUCUUCCAGCUUGUUCCUAUAUUUAUGGCUUAAGGUUUAUCCAGAUCGUGUCAUGUAAACUACUUCUUAAGUCAGUGUUGUAAAGAAACCUAAUUUUGCCUAUAGGUCGUGUUAUAAAUAACAUUAUUCUUAAUUUGUUUUAAUGUCUUUUUCUUUUCGAUUUCCCUUAAAGAACAUCGGUCUUUUUUCCCUUCGAGUGAUUCAGCAAGGUGGAAUACGUAUAGACAAUAAUCCACAACUGUGCUAUGUAAGGACUAUUGACUGGGAUGUAAUCCUUCAGGAUCAGAGUGCGGGCGUGUCUUCGGUUAAGAUCGUUAAAAAUGGAUUAAUGUGCCCAAAUACCUGUUCAUCUGAUUGUUCUGUGGCAUCACAAAGUACUGGACGGCUUUCAGCAAUAGGAAUCUGGAGCCCCUCAUUAAGAGAUAUUUCUCCCACCGAUGGACAUUGUUGGUCUGUGAAUAAAUGUCAAUCGAUAUGCCCUUUAAAAUGCACACUUCUAAAUUUGACUUGUACAAUGAAACGUCCUCAUAAAUGCUGUCAUCCAGAAUGUCUUGCUGGAUGUUACGGUGAUGGCCCGAGCAUGUGCGUUGCGUGUAAGAAUGUUAUGCAUGAAAAUCGAUGUGUCUCACAAUGUCCAGGAGGAACUUUUAAAUAUCUUAAUCGAAGAUGCGUCACAGAACAUCAGUGCUUAACUCAAUUGCCCAAUUUAACGUAUGCUGAUUUCCCAUAUAUGCCAGAUCAUCACGCAAAUAAAUUUUCAAAUAAUUCAUUCCCACGGAAUAUCAUGGCUAAAAUAGACUCGGAUUUCACUAUUUUCAAUGGAUCUUGCCUUUUAAAUUGUCCUGUGGGUUAUAAGAAGUCAUCUAAAACCGGUCAUUGUUACCCAUGUGGAGAUCAGUGUGAACUUAAACAUUGUCGUGAAUUUUUAAUACAUAGUUUGAAAGUACUUGAUAGUCUGGCUGGUUGCCAUUCGGCUAAAGCUAUUUACCUUAGUAUUCAAGAAGGUCAACCGGAAAUCGUGGCUCUCUUAUUGGACAAGGCAUUUGCAAAUCUAAGAGUGAUAUAUCAUAGUCUGCGUAUAGUACGCUCUUCUGUUCUUAAUAAUUUAAAUUUUCUACGACACGUUCGUUUUAUUGGUCGAAUAGGGGGAAAUAUUUCCAAUCAUCCAAUUGUUUUUGAAUUAUUUGGAAAUGACAAUUUACGUGAUCUUUGGCCUAUAACAAAUUAUGCUAAUAAUACUGAUGAUGGCCUACAAAUUUUAUCUAAUGGUUUAAUCCGUAUCACUCAGAAUCGUCAGUUGUGUCCUGAGAAGAUUUUUGAACUAUUCGAUUCUAAUAAAAUCAAAUUAGGGGGAAAUAAUAUUACACUUACACAAGCCGAACGUGAAAUGAUAACAAUUACAAAUGGAGAUUUAGCUUAUUGUAAUUGGCGUAAAUUCGACAUAAAACUUAGCGGUCUUAGUUCACAUAGUGUCCGUGUUACAUGGCCUUAUCCGUCUACCGUUCAGUUUAACGAUAAAUCUAUGAAUGCUAACUUUUCAGAUGAUUUAAACUCUAGUUAUGUGGAUGAACUUGUUUUAAUAUAUCUUUUCUAUCAGCCAGCCCCUAAAGAUAUUCAAAAUAUUGUCAAUGACCGAAGAGUCUACGAUAAGAAUUCAUGGCGUAUGUUAACAGCAUCGUGUGAUUCAAAUCCAGGAGAUAAUGUUCGAAAAAUCCCGCAUUUAGAAUUCGAUUGCGGAUUAACUUUAUUUAAAUUAGAAUCUGCUAUGCGUUAUGUUGUCUACGUGGAGAUGAAAUUUCCUCUGAAACAAACUGGUGCUAUUAGUAAUUUGGUUUACUUCACAACAUUAUCGAUCAAUCCAUCUCCUCCUCAGUAUUCCUGGUUGGAACCUGUGGAUAAACAUUCACUUCGCUUAACGUGGAUGCCACCAGCUAAACCAAGUGGGAUCAUUGAUACUUAUUUGAUAUGGAUUCAUAUUCUUGAAGAUAAUCCAUCCGAUUAUUUGACAAGGGAUUUCUGUAUACACAAACCUAACUGGAUCCACUCGGGUUGGGAUACAAAUUUACCGUUCAAACAUACAGAUCAUAUUAAUUUUGAAAGGGGUUAUUGUGAUUCUUGUCUGUCUUGUCCUGACUUGCAUGAAAUUGAACAACUUUCAAAUAUACAGACAAUUUCAUCUUCAAAUGAAAAUUAUUGGCCCUCGUCUGUGAGCAAAUGGAUGACAGAUAAUUUUGGGAAUAUUUUGCCAGUAUAUAUUGUGGAUGAAAAUUUCUCACUCAAAUCCGGUGCAGUAGGUCUAAUUGUACAAAAGAACAUUUCAACUUAUUUCAAAGAUAUUUCAUAUUUCCAAACGAAUUCUCAUAAAACUUGUAUUCAGUCAGUUAAUGAAAAUGUAAAAUAUUUAACAGGAUUGUCACCAUUUACAAGAGUACUUGUUGAAAUACAAGCUUGUUUAGAGUACGAUUCAAUUUCUCAUGAAAGAUCAUUAAAAACAAAAUGUAGUCACCCACCACCUUGGUUUAAUAGGAAAUCUGGAAGUAUUGUUAAUCUCAAUCAACAUCAAUGGGCCGCCUGUGAGUAUGAACUAUGCAGUCCAAGAUCUACUGUGAUAAAUCGUGUAAAUCCUCAUGUCGAAUCUGAUAUCAUUCCUGUAUCCUCAAUUUACGCAUUGACUACUGGUCCAGGCAGUGUACGUAUUACAUGGUCCAGUCCUAUUAAACCGAAUGGUUUAAUUAUACAUUAUAUAUUACGUUAUAGACCAAGAAAUCAUGACAAUCAUACAGAUAAUUAUUCAUUUUCAGACAUGUCUGUACCAUGGUUAACAAAAUGUAUACCGCUAAGUCAUUGGGCAACAGUCAAACCAGAACAGAAAUCAUUGACUUCAAGUUUAGUUGUGGGUUUUAAUAAAAAGAUGGUAUCACAAGGUGAACGUGAUUCUAAUGGUAACAGUAAUACUGCUGAAGGCGGGAUCUUAAUCAAAGAUCUGUCCCCAGGUAGCUAUGAAUUUCAAAUCUUAGCCAUUUCGCUUGCUGGUAGUGGAGAAUGGAGUCCUACUGGAAUUUUCAAUAUUCCAUUCUAUAUAGAUCAUAAUGGCAUAGUAAACCAUAGAAAACUUGCAAAUAUUUGCACAAUCACUUUAGGUGCAUUUCUGUUGCUCUCUUUCAUUUUGGGAAUUAUUUGGUAUAAAGCACGUCGUUAUUAUUUAAAGGCUACAGCUUGGACAUCAAACAAUCCUGAUUACUGUACAAUUUAUGAAGUUGACGAUUGGGAAAUUAAUAAAGACGAUGUUGAUGUUUUACAUUGGAAAUAUCCAAUUGGUCGUGGUAGUUUUGGUACUGUAUAUAAAGGUGUUGUAAAACAGUUGAAAACACCAGCUAAAUUGUUUUAUAAAAAUCCAGUAAAUAUACCUGUUGCUAUUAAGACAAUCAGCAUACACAGCACUUUAUUUGAUCAUCGUGAUUUCAUCAAUGAAGCAUGCUUUAUGAAACAAUUUCAAAGUUAUCAUUUAGUACGUCUACUUGGUUUAGUAACUCAAACCAAGCAUAAACAUCAAUCGGUAUCAUUUACUGAUCAAUGUAUGAAAUUGUUACAUCAUCAUCAUUUUGGUAAACUGUGUCGCUUUGUCAGUCGAAUUUUAAAGUGGACACCAACUUCAUCAUCAUCAUCAUCACCACCAAACGUAAAACAAUCUUCUCUGCUUUCCUCGUCAAUAUCACCUCCAUUAGGCAAUCAAAUGUUAGAUGGUGAAGAGCUUAAUUGUCACACUUUGGGUUUAUUAAAACAACAAUUAACACAUGUUAACGAUACAUAUUUAUUUAAUAACACUCAAUCAAUUGGUUUAAUGAAUAAAGUGGCACCAGAAAGUCCAUUAGUUAUUAUGCAAUUAAUGGCUAAAGGCGAUCUAGCUAGUUAUCUACGUUAUUUAGGUGACAAAGGACAAGGUUCCGUUAAUUCAUCACAAGCGUAUUUAUGGGCAACACAAAUAGCUGAUGGUAUGGCAUACUUAUCUGCUAAACAGUAUGUUCAUAGAGAUUUAGCUGCUCGCAAUUGUCUUGUUGAUUCCAAUCUAACGGUGAAAAUUGGGGAUUUCGGACUUUGUAGAGAUGUUUAUGGACAUAAUUAUUAUCACAAAACAAGUCACGCAAAACUACCAAUCCGUUGGAUGGCCCCAGAAUCUCUCCAAACUGCUUACUUUACAACACAAUCAGACGUUUGGUCUUAUGGUGUUGUUUUGUGGGAGAUAGUUACUAUGGCAUGUCUUCCUUAUCGUGGUAUGUCUCAUGAAGAAGUGAUCAAGUAUGUUCUCAGUGGAAAAACACUUCUAUCCAAUAGUUCGCCUACCAACUGUCCAGAACUCUUUCGUGCAUUAAUGCUUCAUUGUUGGAACUUCAAUCCCUUGAAGCGACCAACAUUCCUAGGAUUGUCUGCUCUGCUUUCACCAUGCUUUGGAGAUGCGAAGUUUCGAAUGGCUAGUUUUUUUUAUCAUGGUGAACAAAGUUUUGUAAACAAAGAUAAUCGUUUAAAGAUUUUGGAAGCCCCUGCUGUUUCAUUAGGUAAAUUGAACAUAUCAUGUAAUCAAGAUCCCGCACAUGCACUUGCGUCUGCUUUAAGUACAUUAUUCAGUGGUACUGAUGAAGAUUCUAGUUAUGAAUACAGUGAUCGAAAUGUUGACCCUCGUGAUAAUUUUUCUGCAGAUUCAAUGCAGUUCGGCGCCAUUAGUCGAACAGUGACAGUCAAGACAAAUCCUAUCGGUAGUGGUCAUUUUAAUAAUACUCCUUUGGUGAAUUGCAGUCCUGAAGAUAUAUCUUUGAAACAAAGUGAUAACGGCAUUGCUCUGUCAGAGGUUCAGUGUUUGUUAAGAUUGUGUGAACAUGACCCAAGUCUUGCUGUCCCACCUUUUGUAGAUUCUGAAUCAUUUCCUUUGAUAUCCAAUCAUAUAAAAAAGUUUUCUACUGAUGAAUGUAAAAACUUCGAACUAAGUAAAUUUAGAAACCUUAUCACAUAAACCAAACAUAUUUAAUACAAAUUGUCAUUCCUUGUGAUAGCUUUUAUAAUUUCAUAUUUUUACAUUAUUUUGCAAAUUGUUUUCACUUGCUUUCUGAUAAUAAAUAAAUAGUUAUUGCG